GCAUCAUCAAUCAGAACGUCCGCCACCAAAACGACACAAGUCUCUCUCUCUCUCUCUAUCUCUAGAGAAGUAGUUGCAGAGAGGAAGCGAUUGGUGGGAGGUUGAAGAAGCAAAGCAAAGCAAAGCUUGAUUGAUUGCGCGUCUCGUGGGAUGACUCCUUCGUCGCCAAUGGUCGAGCUCCGCCUGCUUCACUGAUCUCACGCCUCCUCUUCAGAAGCUCUCGGGGACCUCUCUCGCCGCCGGCGACGACGACGGCGACGGAUCAAAAGGACUCGAUCCAUGGCCUCCGCCGCCGCCGCCCUGUCGGUCGUUCUCGCCUUCUCGAUCUUCGCGGCGUCGCACUCCGUGCCCUUCAUCGUCUUGCAUGGCAUCGGGGAUCAGUGCUCCAAUCGAGGGGUUACACAGUUCACUAACCUUUUGAGCGAAUACUCUGGUGCUGAAGGGUUUUGCAUAGAAAUUGGGGAUGGAGCAUGGGAUUCAUGGUUUAUGCCUCUUGACGAGCAGGCUGGAGUUGUUUGUGACCAGGUGAAAGAAAUGAAAGAACUAAGCCAGGGUUACAACAUAGUUGGUCUCUCUCAGGGAAACUUGAUAGGCCGGGGUGUUAUUGAGUUCUGCGAUGGAGGACCGCCUGUUAAGAAUUUUAUCUCCUUAGGAGGACCACAUGCUGGUACUGCUUCUGUUCCUCUAUGUGGUACCGGUCCGCUAUGCAUUAUUGCUGACCGACUUAUCAAGUCCCACAUAUACAGUGAUUAUAUUCAGGCUCAUUUGGCUCCUAGUGGUUAUCUCAAACUACCAAAUGCUAUUUCAGACUAUUUGGCCAAAUGUAGGUUUCUUCCGAAGCUUAACAACGAACUCCCUGAUGAGAGAAAUUCCACUUACAAGGAACGGUUUAGUAGCUUGGAGAACUUGGUGCUUAUAAUGUUUGAACACGACACAGUUUUGAUCCCAAAGGAAACUUCCUGGUUUGGAUAUUAUCCAGAUGGCGCAUUCAAUCCAAUAAUGUUUCCAAAUGAGACACAACUUUACAUGGAGGACUGGAUUGGUUUAAGAAGUUUGGACGAAGCUGGGAGGGUUCACUACGUUAGCGUCCCAGGAAACCAUCUCGGAAUAUCCAGAGGCGAUAUGAAAAAGUAUGUCGUCCCUUACUUGGAAGAACAGAAAACAGGAACCCGCGAUGGGCUCGGGGACAGAGAAUCAGCUGGAAAGCCACUUCUUCAGAGAUUGUCAUGGCCAUCCUCACUCGAGAGUUUCUUCAGGAAAUUGCUUGAACUCACUGAGGAGAAGCCAUUAGCAAGCCAUUGAUUCAGAUGGAUACAUGAUACGGUAGUCACACCACCUUACGAUGAUGGUGUUACAAAAGAGAACUGUCGGAUUGCUUGUUCCAUUGUAUUGUAAGGGUAAUUGCACUCGAAACCGUUCUUGGUCGUGUGGUAUCUACGGUCCUGUAAUUCUUAUGAGAUACGAGACGGACAGUGGAGAGGCAUCUCCGGUCGUCAUUACAAGAUGCUUUGCUGGUAUACUCGUCUGAUUUGUAAGAUGGACAGUCUUGUAUUUGUACACAAAGCAGUUGUCUCUC